UGCGCGCGCGUGCCGACGCAUGCGCAGAUGGUGCUUGGGCCUCCUCGGUGGAAAGGGGAAUUGAAGGAGACAGGGGCUACGCGGCCGAGGCUGUUUGAGUCAGGGUCGCGGCCGCCGCCGUCAUGCCGGGGAUAGUGGAGCUGCCGACUCUGGAAGAGCUGAAAGUAGAGGAGGUGAAAGUCAGCUCUGCCGUGCUUAAAGCUGCUGCCCAUCACUAUGGGGCCCAGUGUGACAAGCCCAACAAAGAGUUCAUGCUCUGCCGCUGGGAGGAGAAGGACCCGAGGCGCUGCCUGGAGGAGGGCAAGCUGGUCAACAAGUGUGCACUGGACUUCUUCAGAGAGAUAAAGCGCCACUGUGCAGAGCCCUUCACAGAGUACUGGACAUGCCUUGAUUAUUCCAACCUGCAGCUGUUUCGUCACUGUCGAAAACAGCAGGCAAAGUUUGAUGAGUGUGUGCUGGACAAACUGGGCUGGGUGCGGCCUGACCUAGGGGAGCUGUCUAAGGUUACCAAAGUGAAUACAGAUCGACCUUUGCCGGAGAAUCCCUAUCACUCAAGAGCAAGACCGGAGCCCAACCCUAAGAUAGAAGGGGAUCUGAAGCCUGCCAAACACGGCAGCCGUCUUUUUUUCUGGACCAUGUAAAGAUGGGUCCACAGCUCAUACUCAGGUCACGUGCCCAGACAACAGAUGAAAACACCCAUGCCGUUCGCAUAAGCGAUAGUGUAUUCUUUCCUGGAUCAGAGACGUUAACAAAAAAGUUAAUUUAUGUGACUUGGCAGUUAUUCUAUACCAUUUCCUGCCCAUUAAAAUUUUUAAAGGAAA